GCGGAGCGUCCGACUGUUAACUAUAGAAAAUUGGAAUUGUUGCUUCAUCAAAGAUGUCAACGACGAGAUGCUGAAUUUUCACAUCUAACGCCGCGACCACGAUAUUCACACGAUAUCGAUUGCUCUCUGUAGCUUAAUGCAGUUAUAUUUCGCGAAAGGAGGCUGAAGGAAUUUGACAAUGAUGCUUGCUAUCAAAUUCCGUUAUGCACCGACUACACGCAUGCAAUGAACCCGGGCGAGAUUUUCCGCUGCUAGACCGAUAAUUUACCAUCGACGACACUUCGUUUUAAAGAGCAUCGACUGGUUUUGUUCCAUUUUCGUUCAUAGUGAUCAUAGUUAGCUCCAUUCUUACAGCAAUUACAUGGUUAACCGGCAACACCGGAGGGUAGCGAGUAACACAGUGUCCUUUUUGCGCGUAUUAAAAGGCACAGGCCGUUUAAAUAUAACGCUUAUCCGGACGAUAAAUAGCUAUUUGUAAUUGUCAUCAUCCUAUCAGUGCGCACUUAUCCGCGAGCGAUCGCUGUUAUCUGAAUGUCAGAGCAUCCUCGCCCGUGUCCGGAUCGCAUCAGGGUAGCGCUCUCUGCAAGACCGACGAAUCCCACGGAGCGGGCUCCCCCACACCCCUGCAGUGAAUAGAUCGCUUUGAAAGAGGAUUUAUUGAAAAUCGUAAUAUGUCGGGACAGUCCAUCACGGACCGGAUCGCCGCAGCUCAGCACAGCAUGACCGGAUCUGCCAUCAGCAAAGCCGUGUGCAAGGCCACUACGCACGAAGUCAGCGCGCCCAAGAAGAAGCACCUUGAUUAUUUAAUGCACUGCACCAAUGAGCUGAAAGUGAAUAUACCUCACUUGGCCGAUACGUUGUUUGAGAGAACAGCAAAUCAGAGCUGGGUGGUGGUCUUUAAGGCUCUCGUUACUACACACCACCUUAUGAUGUACGGCAAUGAGAGGUUCAUCCAGUACCUUGCAUCAAGAAGCACACUCUUUAACUUGAAUAAUUUCGUAGAUAAAGGAGCGUUACAAGGUUACGACAUGUCCAUCUACAUUAGACGUUACAGCAGGUAUCUGAACGAGAGGGCUCUGUCCUACAGACUCGUCGCGCUUGAUUUCACCAAGAUGAAGAGAGGGACCGACGGAGUGAUGCGAACUAUGAGUAUAGACAAGCUGAUGAAGACUCUCCCUAUCAUUCAGAAUCAGCUUGACGCCCUUUUGGAUUUUGAGGCCAGUUCUAAUGAACUGACCAAUGGGGUGAUCAAUUGUGCCUUCACGCUGCUCUUCAAAGACUCCAUCCGCAUCUUUGCUGCUUACAAUGAGGGUGUCAUUAAUCUGCUAGAGAAAUAUUUUAAUAUGAAGAAGAAUCAAUGCAAAGAGGCGCUGGAAAUAUACAAGAGGUUUCUUAUCAGGAUGACCAAGCUCUCUGAGUUUCUCAAGGUGGCGGAGCAAGUUGGAAUUGAUCAGGUUGACAUCCCAGAUCUUUCACAGGCUCCCAGCAGUCUUUUAGAAGCUCUGGAGCAACAUUUGGCUUCUUUGGAUGGCAAGAAAAUGAAAGAGACCUCAACUGUCAGCAGGGAGGUGGAGGGUGACAGACUACAGCCGGCAAAGGCUGUUCAGCUCAAAGACAUUGGCAUGCAGACCCCAACAGUGUCCCCCAGUGGGCAGUCUGUGGGCAGUGCCAACAGUAGCUGCACCAGCAGUGGUGCCACCGAGCUCCUCUCCAGUCCACCUAAUCAACACAUCACAAACGGUGUGCACAACUUCACCAAUGAUCAUUUUGAUGUCCAACACAAUUCCAGCGCCCCCGCUCAGACAAACACCCUGCCAGCCAGUAACAACAGCUGGGGAGGAGCACUUUUGAAGCCCACACUCUCCUCACAGGUCCAGAGUCACGGCACACAGCUCUACAAUGGAGGAAAAUUACUUACUAAUGACCUGGACUCAUCCUUGGCCAAUCUAGUUGGCAAUUUACAUUUUGGAGGGCCCCCAGCAAAAAAGCCAGAAGUGCAGUGGACUCAUUUGGAGAAGAAAUCAUCUGGAGGUUCUCACUGGCAGUCUAAAGCUGUGAAUGGCACAGGACAUUGGAGCCACACACACCUGGCUCCUGCACCCAUACCGAUGCAACAGAUGAAUGGAAUGAUUUAUACUGGCUAUGCACCAGCUCCAGUUGCAUUUCCGAUGACAACCCCUCAAGUGCCUGUGUAUGGGAUGAUUCCUCCUCCAAUGGGCCAGAUGGGGUCAGUACCCUUGAUGGCUCCUCAGCCUGUGAUAUAUAACCAGCCCAUCCUCCGCGCCACCAACCCUUUCACCCCCAUCCCUGGAGCUCAGAUGCACUUCAUGUAGCGCUGAGGAGCAUGACGAGCUGACGCAUACGCCCAAGGAAAAACAUCAACCAAUCCAAAA